AUGAAAAUCAUUGGAUUAAGCAAUCUUAUACGGAAUGAGGAAACAGAAGAAUGCAAGUUACAAAAUUGUAAUCUUGUGGUAGACGCCCACAGCUUCUUUUAUAAUGCGUACGAAAAGAGUAAAAUAUCUUACGUUUUUGGUUGUGAUGCUAAAGAAUAUGCUAAAUACGUGAGAGUUAAAAUGUUGCUCAAAUUCAAAAGAGCAAACGUAAAAUGUUAUUUUAUAUUCAAAGGUGGCACUAGCGAUAUUGAUGAGAAAAUAAACAAAACUAAAAGUCGAAAAUUUGAUUUUGAGUCUAAUCAUAAAUUCAUACCUCCCAUAUUUAUGAGAGAAGUUUGUCAACAAAUGAUCGAAGAAGCAGGUUUUACCUACACAACGUCUAUUACUUCAAACACAGAUGACUGUGUUGCAUUGGCUGAGGCUUUAGAGUGUGCAAUUUUAUCCAACAAAUUUGAGUAUUGCUUUAAAAAGGUACCAUUCAUACCAACAAACACAUUAAGAUAUUCUCAUUACGAUAACUACAUCAUGGCCGGACAAUAUAAGCUUCAAAAUUUUCUUAAAAAACACUCUUUAACAGAAAGAAAAUUUGCCAUAUUUAUUACUCUAUCUGAUUUACAUGUUUAUGAAAAAAAACAUUUUGACGAUUUGUUAAAAACAUGGAAUGUUUCUGAUGAAAACUUGGACGAGCAAAAUAAAAAACUAUUAAAGUGGCUCUCGGAUCAUACCGAAGAAGAAGCUCUGAGUGGUGUCUCCGAGUUUCUCGGAAAUGACAAUAAAAAAUUUAAUGAUCAAAUGCAAAACCUUUUAGACAAAAUUCACCAGAGCGAGUGGACCAUCGCCGCGGAUUAUCUAUUUAAUGACUGCAGACUAGAUGUGUUGACACCUGAUCCUUGGUGGUUCGAAAAAGGGGUGGUGUCGCAAAGCAUAGCUAUACCUUACAUCGAUUUGUACAAUCAUAAAACAAUAUCUGGUUCCACUGCCAUAGAAAAGAAAGACUCUACAGACAGCAUCAUGGCUGCUAUAAAUAUUAUUGUAUAUGCAUAUAGUUUGCUCACGAAUUUCCAACAAAGUGAAAUUACUAUAUUUCAAGAUUCAGAUAAUAUCAUAAAAAUAAAUACUAAGGAAUUUAAUGUCAGAAAACCAGGUUUCAUUUGCAAGGAAUCGGUGUUUGAGAAGGGUUGGAAAGUUGUACGACACUUGAAUCUACUUGAGUAUUUUUUAAGAGAGAAUAAACUGAAUUUAAACUGUAAACACGAAAUGCCAUUGGAAUCUAGAGUAUUUCUAUUCAGCUUAGCAUAUUUUAGUCGCAAAAAGAUGGCCCAGAAAAUAGAUGUAACAAAGGAAGUUAAUUGCUUUAUUUUGUAUUAUUCAAUCUCGAAUAAGUUAAGGAUCUUUGAGCUUCACAAAUUAAACAUGCGUCCAGCACUGCAGGUCGAGGCUGAAAAUCUCAUAGAAUUAACAGAUAAAUAUUUCAAAUUAGAAGAAAAUGAAGAAGAAGAAAUAUUCGAUGGAGGGAAGUUGAAAACUUUCGUGGAAAUCCAGUAUUGCUUAUUGCACAUGAAUUACUUGAAUACUUUAUGUGGAGAAAAUCACUAUCCUACAUUGUACCACAGAUAUAUUAAUGGCCCUUUUGUGUACAAAUUGUUGAAAGCUAUGGAAAACCAUAAUUUCUAUGACUUUCUUGAAUCACAUUUUCAAUUGUGUCCAUCCGUUCUGAGUCAUGUACACUUGCUUCUAAAUUGUUACAAUAAAAUUUUGAACACCAGUACGCCAGUAGAAAAUUGGCGUAUUGUGAGACAUUAA